CUCUCUCUCUCUCUCUCUCUCUCUCUCUCUCUCUCUCUCUCUCUCUCUCACUCUCUCUCUCUCUCUCUCUCUCUCUCUCUCUCCCUCUGUCUCCCUCAGUCUGGUACCCUGUUCAAGAGUGAAUACCACAGCCUAAGACAUAGGACCAUGACUGGGGAACUGAGGCCAAGUCGCCCAAAGGCAGGAACCAAGAGAGCCAGCAGUGAGGCCUUCGGAUCUGACUAUGACCUGGAGUAUGACAGCUAUCCAGAUGACCUCUACAACAGGGUGUUUGACUACCAGCGUGUCCCAGCCUCCAUGAUGCCAGCCCCAGUGGAGCCCAGCCCUAUGAAACACUCCCAUGGCCCCUCUUCCUCCUCCGGCCUGCACCGCUCCAGAGACAGACUACAGGGCAAGAGGAGUGCCCAGCGCACCGGCUCUUCCAGCAACAGGGCUAAGUUGAAGCUGGCAGAGCUGUUGGCCAUAAAGAGUGAGUUGACUCUGAUCAAGGUGCAAAUUGAUGGACUGCUGGACAGUGUGGAAAAGAUGGCCAGACGGAGAAAAGAUCACUCAGAGAGCUGUGUGCGUGUGUCUGGUCCAGAUUCACCUCUGACCGGGGAGGGCAGUGUGUCGGACUCAGUGAGCAGUCUGGACGACUCCCCUGUCAGCCUUCACCACAGACAGAGAGAGAGCCCAGAGCCAGGAGAGGCCAGCGAUGAUUACCACCAGCACCACCACAGGAAUCAUAACCAUCAUUCUGAUCUGGAAGAUAACAUGUGAGGAGAUCAGGUAUACAUGGCUAAUAAAGACUCAAUGAACCCAAUGACAGCAGCACAGUGACAUGGAGAGGGAUUCAAGUGAAGAGGAGUGAUCAUCUCUGAUCACAGUCAACAUGGACAGAACCCUCAAAUACACUGUACCUUACAAAGUUGGAUCUUCAGUGAAUCUUUUCUUUUGAUGAGUAAGAAAUAUUUCCCUGGUUACCCUCAGUUCCGUUCCCACAGUAAGCUUCUGUCCACCUUCGUGUCUCCAGCUCCCCUUUGUAACAGGUUCCUACAGACGUAUGGACUCAACAAAAUAUGGCAGCUCUAAAAAGAAGAAUGGGUCUGACAACUGAUAUGCAUCACACAGACAGACACACCCACAUUUAUACAACUACAGUUGAAGUUGGAAGUUUAUACAUACACUUAGGUUGGAGUCAUUAAACUCGUUUUU